AUGAAUUUUGAACGAAGUCAGCUGCAUUCUACGCAGCUUACACCCUUAAAAUCAAAACGUGUAAGACAUUUGUUAAAUAGAGACGACACUUUGAAUACUUUAAAUAUGUCCCCGAUUCUUAACGAAACUUCAAUUUUGAAAAACCUUAACGAUACUAGUUUGCGGCAUGUCCUGGAUGAAUCGUCAAUGAUCGUUAAUGCCAGUAAUGCUGGAGAUGGGUUAAAUGAAGCAUUCUUUGAAAUAAUACAAUCUGGUCGUCCUAGUGAGGUUUUGGAUACAUUGAAGAGGUUAGCACAAGUUUGUUGCGACUCACUUGAAAUUGUUGAACCGUGGCAUAGAUAUAAUGCACAAAAUUAUUGGCUCGCCGAAGAAGCUAACACAUGGAAACUUCUGUACUGCCUUUUCGCGGAUUCAGUUACUGAACAUCCGGAGUCGCUAGAGAGUGUUAUAGUAGAGCCUACAUUGUCUCAACAAGCCUUAGUGAAUGCUUUGUUCCAAUGUGACCCGGAACUCCGACUAUUGCAAGUUUUAGUAGACUGGCUGGAAGCAACGGCCGCAUAUCAGGAAGAAACAACUCAAACUGCUGCCCCAGUAAUUUGCAACAAUAUACACUGGGGCAACACUCUUCAUGAGCUACUGAUAGGAUCGAGUCUGUUUAAUAAAGAAAAAAAUAAAUCAAUGGUUACCUGUGUUGAUCCAGAUGCACCGAAACGUCAAAACAGAGUAAUCCAUUCUGACGAUAAAAAGGAUGAUAAUGAUCUGUGCAAGAAAAUAUUUACGGAAGUAAGGUGUGGUAAGUUUGAAGAGGCUGUCUCUUUAUGUAUUGGCGCCGGACAAGCAUGGCGUGGUGCGGUAUUACAAGGCUGGAGAUUACUUCACUACGAAAAGGGAGAAAAUGGAUCUAUCAUAUUACGAGGGAAUGCUUCAAGAGAUUUGUGGAAAUGGUGUGCAUUAAGUAUUGCUAAUAAUGUAGCGGAGAAUAUCCAUUACAGGGCCACAGUUGGUAUAUUGUGUGGUAACUUACAGAGUGCUGUGUCAGCAUGCCAGGGUAACUGGGAGGACUUGUUGUGGGCUCAUUUGAGAGUGCAAAUUGAAGCAAGAGUGGAUAAAUUCUUACAUGAACAUCAUGCAACCGCCGAAGCAAAUACUACACCGGCAGACAUACUAGAGUUAUUGCAAAAUGAUCUCCAAAUAGAAGAAAUGUCUUUACAACAGGUUUUUAAUGCUAUGAAGUCUUUAUUGGAUGGAAAAAGAGAGUCCAACUAUCAAACAUGCCAGCGUUAUCUGAUGUUAGGUCAAGUUAGAACUAUCAUGCAGGAUUCCUUAGAAUGGAUUGAAAAUGGUGAAGAUAGAUUUGUGAGAUUUCUAGCUCACCUUGUUCUUAUUCUCCGACAGAUGGGUAAAGAUCCCCAACAUGAUAUAGGAGACAAAAUUUUGGAGAAAUAUGUCUCUCAACUCAUUUAUGGUCUAGUUGAGGGAUCUUGUGAAUUUCCAGAACUUAUCGCUUACUAUACAUCUACUAUACCUGGUGACAGACAGAUAAAUUUGUAUGCCGAACUCAUGGAUCAGACAUACAAAAGUGAAUAUAGAAGUAAUGUUGUUGAAGCUGGGAUUAAAGCCGGCAUUGAUGUUGCUGCAUCAGCUAGAGCAGCAAUUAAAAAAGCCAUUACAGAUAUACAGUCAGGAUAUGGAAAUGUAGAUUCAAUAUUCACCCAAACAUCUGCCAAUGAAAAGGAUAAGACACUGAUUAAUAAAGUAAUUUCCUCAUUAGAGUGGUUAUCCCUCAUAGAAAACCAAUGUGAUGAAGCUCUUUGGUUGAGCAAUGCCAUGAUUAGAACGUUUAUUUUCAUUGGCAACACUGAUGCUGCAUUGCUAUGUGUAUCUAGUGUAAGACAGAUGUUCGCUGAAUAUGUUGAGAAAACUCCAGCAAACUCGUCAGAAUUACGUGAACAUCUAUGUUUGAAAUCAUAUCUGGAGGCUUUGGAAGCAUUUGCUACUUGGUAUAGACAUUUCAUAAGCGGACAGCCAAAAGACGUUGAACCAUUAGCCCCGAAUGCAUCAUUCUCAGAUAAAGUACACCAUGAACAAAGAUGUGCUCAAGUGGAACAACAGAAAGCAAAAUGGAGGAAUGCUAUAUUACACCAAUCCCGGCACACUAAAAACCUUUUAUAUAAUGUAUUAUUGUUUCCCGGAGGUUGGCUUCAAGAUGAGAAUGAUAGUGAAGCCUCUCAGAACUUUACAAAGGAAGACAGAGAUGAGAGAACGAAGCAAUUAGAUACACUGAGACGUCUUUGCAUUCCCGAAGUGUGCAUUUUAAUUCUCAAAAUCCUCCAAAGCGGCGAUGAUGUAGAACAACACAAAGAAGCAGUAAAACUUUGUGACUUAAUAGCAGAUGACAACCGUAGUCUAUAUGAAGUUUUCACUAAAAAUAAACUGUUUGAAAUAUUGGAUAGGAUAAAGGAAUCAUCUUUACUGCUGUUAGAAAAAGGCAGAGAUAUAUUUGGUUAUGAAUUGAAUGAGUGA